AUGAAAUUCCCAACCGAACGUGGGAUUGCAACGGUUCGGGGCGAUCAGAUGAGCUCCAGGGUAUGCUACCUGAACUCACUACGCAAAUCGGAGCCCCGGACUAUCAAUGUAAUUCUAGCAGAAGUACCCGCUGAAGCCGGUACGGACGUGGAGAUGCUCGACGCCCCUGAACAAGGGAAGAUGCGAGAGUUAUGCGACGAACUAGGCAUAAAGAAAGACUUCUCGACUCCACAUCACCCUCAGGCAAAUGGACAGGUCGAAGCAGUGAACAAGACUAUCAAGCACACCCUUAAAAGGAAACUGGAUGCCUCAAAAGGCGCCUGGGUUGACGAACUCCCCCACGUCCUCUGGGCCAUCAGAAUGACUUGCCGGACCGCAAUGGGCGAGACCCCAUUCUCAAUGACCUACGGAGCCUAA